AGGUGGAGUUCUGGGACCACAGCAGGAACCAGCGCUGUCAACCCCUGGGCUCAGCAGCGCCCUCAUUCUCAGGCCGGCGGCUCUGCCCUGACCUGCGCAGGAAGGCCACCAACUGCCCCAGGCUGACCUCACGCCCCUCCCACUGCUUUAGCCUGACCUCACCCAGCCCCACCCCUUCCGGCAGAACCAGAGCUCGUCUUCCUAGCGGCGGGCGCGGCGGGCGCGGCGGUGGCUGGGCAGUGUCUAGCCGGGCCAGAUCGACCCUGGGCGUCGACAGAAACUCUCCCCAGUGCCUGGGAAUUCUUCAUUGGAUUACUGCGUUUUCAGCAGCGUUUUCUGAGCGUCUCAAAUCUACACCUGGAGAAGAAAGAUGUGGAAAGCCUCGGCCGGCCACACUGUGUCCAUCACCCCGGAUGACGGGGGAGCCGACACUUGGGAGGACUGCCCCCGAUUUUGUGAAUGACGUAAGUGAAAAAGAGCAGAGAUGGGGGGCCAAGGCCGUGCCAUUAUCUGGGCACCGGGAACACAUCAAUAUCCACAAGGUGCGGGAGAAUGUGUUUCAAGAACACCAGACCCUCAGGGAGAAAGAGCUGGAAAUGGGACCCAAAGCCUCUCCUGGCUACGGAGGGAAGUUUGGCGUGGAGCAGGACAGGAUGGACAAGUCAGCUGUCGGCCAUGAGUAUCAGUCAAAGCUGUCCAAGUGCUGCUUGCAGGUUGACUCCAUCUGGGGGUUUGGAGGCGAGUUUGGUGUCCAGUUGGACAGAGUGGACCAGAGUUUGCUCAUGUCCAUGGAGUCUGUGAUGCUAGCUGACCAUCUCAUCCUCUGUCGCCCACUUCAUUUGGAUAGAACUGAACAUCUUCCCACUAAAAAACUCUUUAAAAAACAAAAAGGACAGCUUUGAAACAGAGUUGGAAACAUCUAUUUCAAGCCAAGGGCCAAAAUCACACUGAAUAGUGAUGUGUCACAAGUGGUCUCAUUAAAGUCAGGGACAAGUCAAGGAUGCUGUGAUCACCUCUGUUAAUUAUCAAUGCUCUGAAAGUUCUAGAAUAUGCUAUCGAACAAGAAAAUUCAAUAAUAAUUGUGAUAGCUGAAAGAGGGAAAUAAAUUAGCCAGUGAUUGAAGAUGAUAUAAUGGCCUACCUGAAAAACACAAAAGUAUCAGCUGAAACAUGGUAAUAAUAGAACAGCUCUGUCAGGGAGUCAGAUGCUAACAACUCUCCAGAGUUAUUGUUGGCAAAAGAAUCAGUGUAAUUCCUGGAAAUCGCAGUGGAGAAAGGCUGCAAUCAA